CCCUUUAUUCCAAAGCGCGGCCCCAUGGCGUCUGCGUACUUCUUGCACGCACACGCGUGCAUCUAUGCACGCAUCGGACAGACGGAACAUCUCGGGGCUCAAGUCACUGCUCAUGCUCAGUGAGAACUCUAAAGAGCAAAGGGCUGACAUUUGCCGGUGAAAAGCGAUUUAUUCGAUUUUCUCCUCACGUCAAGCUUGUUCAGCGUUCAGUGCACCGACCGUGCAAUCACGCUUCUUCUCGCUGAGAGAAGCGUCAUCGUACAGUUUGUGCACACUUGACGUUCCGGCGAGACUAGAGGAGAUCCAUUCUCAUGGAAGCAUCCGGUCGAUCGAGCCAAGGUUACAACAACAAGUGUCCGGGAGGGUAUCUGGGAUAAAAUUCACGAUACGCGGAGUUGGCGGUGAUGAAAAAUCGUAUACAAUUGGAUUUUGAUAUAACGUAACGUUCUGCGACAGAAGCAAAUGUGCAUGUGUAUGAAGAGUGCUAAUAGGAAAUCGAAACAAUUUACGUCACUAGCACAGUCGAUGAAUCAUUGACCGACAGCAUUGAAUUUCAAGGUGAUAUCAAUACUUAUCAUACAUGAAUCGUACAUGAUAAGAAGACAAUACGGCUUUUGACUCAGCAGACUUAUAUAAAUUUUAUUUACAAAGCAAUUUGAGGAAAUCUUUUAAUAAGCGAUCAUGUGCUUUCCUUGUUAAAUAUAUCAAAAAAAAAAAAAAAUAUAUUAAAUAGAUGUGUUAGAAAUUUAUUUGAUGACUGAAAAAAGACCAUAUUAUGAUACGAGAUGUCUUUAGAAACAAACGAUGAGACAAUUUUUAAAAAAUUGCAGAUUGUUGCAGAUACUUAAGAGAGUGCUUCAUAUUAAUAUGGAAUUUUAUACAAGUAUCUUAAUAAACUAAGAAUUCUAAUAAAAGCAAUGCAAUAAAGAUCUAUUGUAUUUCAUAAUAAAUAAAUACAAUUAAAAUAAGCUACAGGCAUGACAAUCAUACAUAGAAGUUACUACAAAGCAUAAGAAUAAUGUAAUGCGACAUAUUCUCAUUAUACCAGUUACAAAUUUGAAAAAAUACAAAUAAAAACAAGAACAUUUUUUAAAGGGAAAACCACCCCAUCACAGAUGUUAUUUCUUUAGAUCAAUGAAAAAGACCAAGGGAGAAUAUCGUCAAGAAAAUUUAGUAAAAUCAUACAAAAGUCUUCGCAAAGGCGAUAGAAAUGCUCCGUAUAAUUGCGCAUAACAAUGACAAUUUGCUCAAUCUUAAUGACGACCGGGGACCAGGGGAUCACCGAUUAAAGCAAGAAACGAGCCCCGGUUGUGACGCUUUUCAUCGAAUAGAAGCACAGCGCGACAACAACACCUACGCAUCGCGAACACGCCGUCGCGACGACACGAGUGAAGCGGUAACACGUUCUUCGGGCUACGCUCAGCGUGGUCCAUAAUUUCCCUCGCGACCCCCUUUGACCCUCGGCGUAGUACGUGGCGCUGGCUUCGUGCCUCCGGAGGCGGCUGCACUCCUUCACCAGCCACCACCACCACCACCACCACCGCCGCCGCCGCCGCUACCACCACCGCUGCAGCACCAUCACAACCACCACCCUCUACUGACGGUCGGCCGAGCGGGGCCGACUCUGACAGUGGCUCGCGACUGAUGACAGCCGAGGCGUCAGUCCUCAGUGCGCCAGCGUGCUGUGUGGAACGCACGUCGCACGCGCGUUACGUGCGGAGCAGCACGCGUGGUCAACUGUCAAACGAUCACUGAUGCUGCGCGUCGUCGCGACGAGAAUCCGGUGAAUCCUCUUCCCGCUAGUGAAUUUCCGGGAUUAAGUGAUAAAUCGCAAUCCUCAUUAAUUUUUCGUACACGUAUAGGGAGAGACUCUCUAUGCAAGAUGCAUGUCGGCAUCUCCAAAUUGGCAUCGAGUGGCAUAUUUUCCCGAGCGGAUAUCCGUAGCGUGUACGUGGGUGAUUCAUAGGAGAAACGUGCCGCGCGCGAGAGAAUAUAACUCCGUUUUUGCUCCGACCGUAGGAGAAGUGACACACGAGGGAUAGCACGAUGACGGAGCUCGCCAAGGAGGCGUUCACCUCCCGCAAUUACCAUCUGGCGGUGGAGCUAUACGAGCGUUGCCUGAAGCAGCAAGGAUCGAGCUGCGAGGAGUUGCUCGGCUACGGCGACUCUCUGGCGAAGUGCGGUCGCGUAAGGGAAUCUAUUGGGAUUUACUCUAGAUGUUUAACCGCGACCUCGAUGCCGGCCGAGAGAUUGAAACACCUGGCGACCGCACUCCUGGAGGACAUGGCCGGCGCCAGCGCGACCUCCAGACGAAGACUCGAGACAUCCUUCGCGUGUCCCAUGUGCGAAGGCACUCUGUGCCAACCGGUGACCACCGGCUGCGGUCACACGUACUGCAGGAAUUGCGUGGAACCGGCGAAGAAUUGUCGCGUGUGCGGGAUCAAGAUCGCUACUGUAAGUGAAACAAAUGUGCUGGUGCAGAGACUAGUGGAGAGAUGGUGGCCGCGAGAGUUGGAGGCCAAUCGAGCUAGGCACGAGGGUGAUAUCCUCGUGAGGAAAGGUCACUUGGGUCAAGCGCUCGAAAGAUACAACCUGGCAGUUCAUCUCGCACCAAAUAGCCCGCUCCAUCGUAGCAACAGAGCUCACGUCUUGCUCCUGUUGAAUAGGCCUUUAGCCGCUCUCACGGACGCUGAUCAUGCAGUUAGAUUGCGGCCAGACUGGGGCAAGGGACACUAUAGAAGAGGGAUCGCUUUGUCGGCGCUUGGAAGACACGAAGAAGCACUUUAUGCUCUCUGCAUUAGCGUGGCCAUUGACAAAAAUCCUCAAGCUGUACGCCAUGAAUUGACCAAGGUUCUGCAUAGAGCGCUGUCGCCUGGAAUACGUCGACAGAAUGUUCUGUCGUCACGCACGCCAUAUAAUCUUACGAAGAAUGCGUCACGCACGAGAAACCGUCAUCAGUUAAUGAAUCCCAAACGUAGGCAACGUGCUACCCUGAACAGAUCUGAUUGCGAGGACAAUAGCAGCGGCGAGGAGGAAUUCACUCAGACGAUAAAUAGAAGAUUUCGUUCAUCCAUCACGCCACAAGUCAAUACAAAAUUGCAAGCAAGUCUGAACCGUGUAUAUCAAGAUGUAGAAAAACUGAAACGAUUCGAACCGAGACCCGCCGAAAUCCUUUUGCCGCCUCUUUCAGGCGGCACCGCCGGAGAAUUGGAUUGUAUUUUAUGUUGCCGCCUGCUUUGGAAACCUGUCACAACACCAUGUGGCCACACUUAUUGCUGGAUGUGUCUGGAUCGUUGUCUGGAUUACUCUUCAGCCUGUCCUUUAUGCGUCACAUCUUUGGCCGAUUAUCUAGCCAGUAGCCAGAAAACCGUAACGGAUUUUGUGGAGAAAGCGCUUAAAACAGUGGCGCCCGCGGAAUACACCUCCAGAGCAGUGAAUCAUCGGCUCGAACUGGUCCAGGGACUGGGUCUUUUGGGUAACGAACAGAUCGCCAUCUUCAUCUGCACAACCGCCUUUCCCUGCGUCGCCUGUCCUCUCUUCGUCUACGAGCCUAGGUACAGGCUGAUGGUCAGAAGAUGCGUUGAGAGCGGAGUGCGCCAGUUCGGAAUCGCCGCGUGUCUUAAUAAGGACGCAACGGGCACGAAAAGAUACGCGGAAUAUGGUACUAUGCUGGAUAUUCGAGAUCGAGUAUUGCUCAAAGACGGCUGCAGUAUUCUCAGCACGAUCGGUGGUAGAAGAUUUAGAGUACUUUCCGGUGGAGAAAAGGAUGGUUACGAUACGGCACAAGUGGAAUUUCUCAGGGAUACCAUCGUACAGCAGGAUCAAUUAUUAAAUCUCCUGGAACUUCACGACAAGGUACGAGCGAAAGGCCGAAGAUGGUGGGACACAGUACCUACCUCGCAGAAAUCCGAGAUUCAACGAGUGUUCGGGCGCAUGCCGGACACAGAGGAGGAUUGGUCGCGUCUACCGGACGGUCCAUCGUGGACAUGGUGGUUGCUAGCAAUCCUGCCGCUGGGACCGCAGUUGCAAGUAGGCAUUCUGGGCACUACUAGUCUGGAAAAGCGGCUGCGAGCCAUCGAGAAGACCCUCGAUCACAUGGAGCAGAGGCAACCAACUGUCGCGGCUGCUCAAUCAGAGCAGACAACGACGUCGUCGAGCAUUUGUAGGGAUGGAAGAACAAUCACGGAGACAGCGAUAUCGGUUGUUCAGCAAUCGUAGAGAGCGGAGCAACGAAGCGUCUCGAUACCUUGGAAGCAACCAAUGUCAUUCUGUGGCCUGGAGAUAGAACGGCGAAGCUUGUAUCUCGCCUUCUGCGAAGAAACUUCCAGUAGCGAAAGAAUCUUUAGAAAAAAAAAAAGUAGCAAUCUUUUUAACCGAACAAAAAUUAUUUGACAAAAAUAUUCUCUAACGUUCCAUUAAAUAAUUCUUGAAUUAUUUGUCGAAUGAGUUUCGAUAUCACUCGGUAGAAAUGUUGAUUAAGAUGAUGCGAUAUCUCCAACUUUUCCACAGACUGCAAAUCUUGAAAAUUGCAUUUACUAAGCUCAUAUUUUUGAUCUUAUUGCGCAUUCUUGCGCAAGACACGAUAGUUCUCUAAGUCCAUGUCACAGGAAGACAUUUCUGUCUCAUUUACGCUCUAAACUAUUAAUUUAGUCGGUUAAAUCUUUUCUACAUCGAUCUCUCAUCCGCUGUCGUCCCCGCGACGCGAGUCUUCGAUUGACCCUUCGAUACCAUUCGACGUACAAAAUAUCCGUAGAACGCGUAAACACUUGGAAUGCCCUGUUAGAAAAUUGGGUCAAUCGAUCAGCAAAUGCACCUGUCCCUCGAUUCCGUUUGGCGGGGAGUUUCGGGCGGCUCCUUGUCUCUCUUCUUAGGUUUAACGAGGAAAUGUUUGGAAGUGAAUAUAUACUUAUACUUCUUCACACUUUUGCUUAAAACAUGAUUUAAUAUAUCUUAUACUUUCUACGAUAUUCGUUCAAGAGCAGAUCAAUUUGCCAUAAUUUCAGAGAAAUUGUUUCAACUCUUAAAGCUACGAGAAACGCAGAAAAUAUAAAUUUCUUUAUUUUCAAACUCUUUUAAACAUGCUUAAAGAUUAUCAAAAUCGAUAGAGAACUCUCCAAAUAUUUCCAUAUAAAAUAAGUUUCAAUUUGAACUGCACUUUGUGCUCGUUAAAUCUUCUACAGGACGCCUUAUCGACGAGACGACGAAGAAAAAAUACGUUCACUUACAAAUAUUAAGUAGAAGUAUAAUAAUAAUUAUUAUUAUUAUUAUUAUCUGGAACGCGCUAACUCGGGUAUGAACAACAUUUAUUUUUAUGCGGUAUAUUAUUUUUUGGUAAUUUUUUUAUGCAAUAAAUUAUUUUACGUAAUAAUUUAAUCCUACUGACGUUCCAGAAUUAAUUGUGAUGUGAAAUAACUACUUAAUAAUAAUCUGAUAAAAAUUUUAGUCACAAUGGUGGAAACAUAUCUGUAAGAACGAGACGUCGCGUUUCCUCAGUAAGGCGUACCGAUCCUCUUGCUAACGCAAAUCUGUUCUUCCAGAUAAUAUUAUAUAACUACAUAUUAUAUACUUACAUAUAUAUAUA